AACCUGUAUCCAGAUCUCAUGGAUGUCCUCCUUGGAUCGAUCGACAUCCGGGAGCUCCUCCCCACUGAGGAACUCGACGAGACUUCCCCACUCUCCGCUCCCGACCUUCGCCUCUUAAUUGAACGCCUCGAAAUUCGUUCCCUCCACAUCAAAUCCAAAGUUCGGGAGUACGUUCUCUCCCAUCACCGUGAGUUCGCCGACUUAUUCUCCCGCUGCGCUAUAUCCGCCGCCGGAGCCGAUGAUAUAGCUGCCGCCCUUGCUGACGUGCUCCGCCUCCUCUCAAACGACCUGGUCGACCGCCAGAUCUGCGACCUCGCCAGGGAAAUUGGGAACAAGAGGCGGGAGCUGGAGGAGCGGAGGGUGGCGCUGGGUGUUGUGGGCACAAUAUCUAGCUUGAUUGAGAGAUUGAAUUUUGUGAGGGAGGAUGUUAGGGUAGGGAACUUAGUAGAGGCGGCAGUGGCGGCGAGGGAUUUGAAGAUGGUGCUACGGGUGUCCGGCCAGGGGGAUGAGGAUUGCGGAGUGGAAGAGCCAGCUGUAUUUGGAUUCUUGAGGAAGGAGUGGUUGGAGUGCUUUGAUGAAUUGCAAUGCGUACUUUCGCGGAGUGUGGAAAGUAUGAUCCAUUUCGAUCCUGCAAAUGGUGCAAUGACUGUCAGCUCCACGUUCAGAAGCGGGAAAACAAAUGAACUUGUGUUGCGUAGAGUAUUGGAAGCUAUGGAGAUUGCAGAUUUUCUGGAUUAUGGCCUGGCAAAGGUGGCGGAUUUGAUGAUGAAGCACGUGAUUGGCCCAACAAUAACAAACAAAAGUACCCAUUUUUGGGAAGAACCUAAUGAGGAUACCGCUGCAAUGCUCAGAAUGAGUUCAUCUGAACAACAUGGAGGCAAUGAAGUUGUGGCAAUUUUUUCUAAGCUUAGCCAGAUUAUAAAGUUUAUCUACAAGUUUGUCUUUUUUGAGAAUGGAAUAUGGAUGAAGUGCUUUGGAAGGUUAACCUGGUCAAGAAUGUCAGAUCUUAUCAUAUCACAUUCUCUUUCCAAGGCUGUUCCAGAAGAUGCUGCAAACAUGGUGGAAUUCGAGAAUAUUAUUAGGUGCACUUCUGAGUUUGAGAACUCUUUAAAGGAAAUCAAUUUUAUCUCUUUUGACAAUAAAAGCGAACAAAGGUUGAGUCACUUUACUCACAAUGUUGAGGUUCAUUUUGCUACUAAGAAAAAGAAUGAAAUCCUGGCAAAGGCUCGGAAGAUACUUCUUCAGUUCAGUUCCCAGGAAGCAACCUCUAACAGCGGUAUGCUGUUUUAUGAUGCUUCUGAAGUUCCUUCUAGGCAUGCAGCUGACUUGCUUUUUCAGCCUGAAAGGUGUUUCAUAUCAAGCGCACUAUGUCAACUUAUGCAACUAGUUCACGAAACGCUAAAGGAUGCUUGUUCGUCAUCUUCAAGAGUGGCUAAAGAGUUAUACCAUGCCUCUCGAGAUGCUCUACUACUGUACAAAGCUGUCAUACCAGUGAAGUUAGUCAAGCAGCUGCAUAAUGUGAGCCAGCAAGCAGUAAUUGUGCAUAAUGAUUGUUACUAUUUGUCUCAAGAGAUUGCUGGGCUUGCUUUUCAGUACCGUGCAGAUUUUCCAUCAUGCCUGAGGAAAUUUAUUGUGUUUGUUGAUAUUGCACCAAGCUUUUAUCAGAUGGCAGAGAACAUAUUACAAGAGCAAAUUCAGCUAGUUAUCAAUAAUUUGAAAGAGGCUAUUAAUGGGGCUGACGGGUUUCAGAAUACCCACCAACAACAGCAGUUUGAAUUGGCAACGUUCAGUAUAAAUCAGGUUAUUUUUAUUUUGGAGAAAGUACGUGUCAUUUGGGAGCCAUUGAUGGCAGCAUUAACUUACAAGAGAAGCAUGUGCAUAAUCUUGGAUUCUUUUUUUUCCAGAAUCACGAAAGAUUUGUUGUUUUUAGAUGAUAUGGCUGCUGAGGAGACCCUGCAGCUCCAGAAACUUAUCCAUAUGGCAUUGGAGAAACUGUCAUCAUUAUUUGAUUCUGUCGCCACAGAAAUCGAUGAAGAGGAAAAGUCUACCGAGAAAACUUUCCAGUCAUCAUUAGAUAAACAAAUACCAUCCUUACGCAAGCUCCGGAGACUAGCUGACUUGUUUGAUAUGCCCUUGAAAUCAAUCACAGCAAUUUGGGAGAGCGGGGAGCUAGCCAAUUAUGGGUUCACCUCUUCUGAGGUAGAGAACUUCAUCAGAGCAGUUUUUACUGAUUCGCCCCUAAGGAAGGAGUGCCUCUGGAGGAUACAGAGCACAAAAACGUAGGAGCAUUCCAUUGAAGGAGAUAUCACACCAUAGUUUUGGGCUACUAACACCUCAAGUUCUUUUUAUUAUUUAACUUGAUUCUCAAGUUUUGAGAAAACUUUUAUGUAGUUAUAUAUCAAAUGGAAGCUUUAUUUAUGAUUUUCAAGUAUAUAUCAUAGAAGCUAUUUCUAUAUUUAUAAUAAUUUUGUC